UGUCGUUCAACUUACAUAUUUUUAUUUAUGUUUCCAUCCAAACACAUGAUCUAAUCAUUUCCCCUCAUUGGCUCUGUUUACUUCAUUUCUAAGGUCCAAAUUAAUUAUCUCCCUUCCCUUCAAUCUUCAAAACUCCAUUAAUGGCUGACUCUCAACAUUCCUCUUCUGGUAAAACUUAUGUCAACUCUCAAGACUUUAGUUCAGAGGAGGAAACAAAUGAAGAAUCAAAGCUUAAAUUCUCUGAAGAUGAGGAAACACUUAUAAUUAGGAUGUUUAAUCUGGUUGGAGAGAGGUGGGCUUUAAUUGCUGGAAGAAUCCCCGGUAGAACAGCUGAAGAAAUUGAAGAGUAUUGGAAUACCAGGUAUUCAACAAGUGAAUGAGAAAAAAAAGAGGACAUUUUUAAAGAAAGGGGCCAAAUUUGAGGGACUGGAUGGCAAUUAUGGGCAAGAGAGCAAUGAUGGGUAUUUGCUGUAGUCACCAAAAACGGGUCAAGAAUAUGGUAUAAUCGGUUCAACCCGACUUAGAAAAUUGAGCAUUGUUGUUUGAUGUUUUGGGGUUUUCUCUUGUUUUGAUGUACUGUCCCUAUAUAUACUUUUAAUAUCCCAAGGAUGUUUCUGAGUUUAUUA